AUGGCAAACGAAAAACCUCCCUUCAAUGGUGUCAAGGGUGCUGGCCCGGAAGGCGAGACUGACAAGAUUGAUGUCAAGGAUGAGAGGAGUUCCGGUGCCUCUUCGCCUGAUCGCUUGCAAGAAGCCACCUUGUGGGAAAGACAACGCGACCCUUAUCUGGGAAAAUCCGAGCGCGAUGUCAUUGUCGAUCUGGAAGGUCUGAUUCAGCGAUACGACCUGCACGACCUCAAGGACGAACUUACUCGUGGUGCUCGCUAUGCAUACGAUCGCGACGAUACUGAUCGGUUGAACCCUACCGAGCAUGAGAUACAUUGGAUCGCAAAGGAGAAGAGUCCGGCUUUCAAGGACAAGUGGGCCCAGACGAAAACUAUGUACUUCGUUGCAUGCAAGUACCUGUAUUCAAUCCUCUGCGGAUCUGCUGCCAUUGUGCAAGGCAUGGACCAAACUGCAGUUAACGGAGCUCAGCUCUUCUAUUUCGAAGACUUCAAUAUCACAAACAGCUGGAUUCAAGGCCUGGUAAACGGUGCUCCGUACCUCUGCUCUGUUCUCAUCGGUUGUUGGACGUCGCCAGUUCUCAAUAAAUACUUUGGUCGUCGUGGUACGAUCUGGAUUUCCUGCUUCGUCUCCGUCGCUUCCGGGGCUUGGCAAGGUGCGACUUUUGGAACAUGGCAACUCUUCGCCUCACGUUUUGUCGGAGGCUUCGCUAUUGGUGCCAAAUCUUCUACUACACCCGCAUAUGCUGCAGAGUGCUCUCCGCCUCGGAUCAGAGGCGCCCUAGGGUCUCAAUGGCAGAUGUGGACUGCGUUUGGCAUCAUGUUAGGCUUUGUUGCCUCUGUAGCCUUCUACGGUGUGUCCGCAGAAGGAUAUUCCGGACUGAACUGGAGAUUGAUGCUUGCCUCCACCAGUGUUCCUCCGAUCAUUGUUUGUUGUAUGACCUUUUUCGCACCAGAGAGUCCACGCUGGCUCAUGAGCCAAGGACGCUAUCGUCAGGCCUUCUCGUCGCUUUGCAGACUUCGUCACUGCCGUCUGCAUGCAGCACGUGAUCUGUACGACAUCCACAUCCGUCUCAUGCUCGAGAAUGAGCUCAAACCAAAAACUGCUUGGGCCAGAGCCACCCAGUUGUUCGCCGUCCCUAGAAACCGUCGCGCUGCGCAGUCAGCCUUCUUUGUUAUGUAUAUGCAGCAAUUUUGCGGGGUAAAUGUCAUAGCCUACUACUCGUCCCAGAUCUUUAUCAAUGCUGGGUUCGGGGAGCGUCAAGCCCUUCUUGCCUCUAUGGGAACUGGUAUCAUCAAUUGGCUAUUCGCUAUCCCUGGCAUCUUGACCAUCGACACUAAGGGUCGGUUCUCAUUUUACAUCCCCGAGACAAGCACUGCACGUAUCGGAUGUGUGGCAACCGGUAUUUAUCUCUUCAUGGUGGGCUACAGUCCCGGCAUGGGUCCUGUGCCGUUCACAUACUCUGCAGAGUCUUUCCCACUUGCAGUACGUGAUACCGGUAUGGCGUUCGCAACAGCUACUUGCUGGGGCUUCAACUUUCUUCUUGCAUUGACAUGGCCUCCUCUGGAAGAAGCAUUCACUUCCCAAGGCGCUUUCUGCUGGUAUGCUGCCUGGAAUUUGUUUGGCUUCGUAUUUACCUGGUUCUGUCUGCCUGAGACCAAGGCUCGACCGCUUGAGGAGCUGGAUGCUGUGUUCAACAUAAGAACGAGAGAUCAUGUCAAGUAUCACUUGAUCAAGACGCCUUUUAUCGGCAAGGGACAUGUUAGUAAUGACUUGGCGGAUGUCGCGCAGAUCAUUGAGGGUAGAGAUAUGAAGGGCCAUGUCUAG